CGUCUCUUUCUCAUUAUCCGUAUUUUACAUUCAAGUUUUGAAAUAUGCUGUGCGAUCAAUUUGGAUUCGAUUGCUUUGACUCCGAUCAUCCCCGUAUUUGGAGCUCGUAAUCAUACGUUACAUUCUUGCUCUGUUUUCUCAAGAAUCAGCUGCUGUAGAACUUCUGCCUUGUGGACACCAAUAAAUAAAGGCAUCAUUUAUUCCUCGUAAUAUCUACAGUGAGACGAAAUGGAGGUUUUGAUUGCAAAGCAAGAAAAGUUGAGCCGGUAUCAAAAUGACUCGCGGAGAGUCUCUCAAUUCUCAAGGGUUUCUAGGGUUCCCAGAGAGGGAAGAAUUCAACGAAUCCUGGAACAUGGAAGUAAACCGUCAAUAUCAGAGAAGAAAGAGAAUGGCUAUUCUGGGUCCUCAGGGGCGAGAACAAAACUUUCAUCUAAGAAAAGAAAGAAUACUCAGGAAAGUGAGUCCCCAUGUGGUCAAAGAACUCCAAAGAAGCGCCGCAAUGCCUCAAACAAGGAAAGGCAUUUUGAAGAUGAUUGGUUUGAUAAUGUGUUUGAAGAAGAUGAAGAAACCAUGUUUCUCCUUAAGGCAAAAGAGCGGAAAAGAACUAGGAAUUUGGACAGGGUGAUGACUGAACUCAAUUCAGAGGAUGCAACAGAAAAAAUUAAUGAGGUAAGGAAUACUAAGGUGUGUCCGGCAAGUAAGGAUGGAUAUAGUGCAAAACGUACGAAGGAUACUGCCACGGAUCCCUUAAAAUGUCAUCAGUGUAUGAAGAAAAGAACUGUUGUCCCUUGCACCAACUGCAAUCAGAAAAUGUAUUGCGUUCAAUGUAUCAAGCAAUGGUAUCCUCACUUAAAAGAAUUAGAAAUUUCAGAGCUUUGCCCAUAUUGUCGUGGAAACUGCAACUGUAAUGCGUGCUUGCACUCAAGUGGGAUGAUUAAGCUUCAGAAUUUAAAGAGGGAUAUCUCUAAUGGUGAAAAGAUCCAGCAUCUCCAGUAUUUACUAUAUUAUUUGCUUCCGCAUUUGAAACAAAUCCGUGAAGAGCAAACUGGGGAGAUACAGAUUGAGGCUAAUAUUCAGGGAAAAUCAUAUUCUGAAAUUGAAGUACCACAAGCCCUUUGUCAUGAGAAUGAACGUGUCUUUUGUGAUCAUUGUGCAACUUCAAUCACAGACCUUCAUCGAAGCUGCCCAGAAUGUUCCUAUGAACUCUGUCUCAGUUGUUGCCAAGAAAUUCGUAAGGGAAGCGUUACAAGCCGUGCUGGCGUGAAGUUUCAAUACAUAAACAUGGGUUAUGAUUACAUUCAUGGUAGAUAUCCUCUUCCAAAAUCUUCUCUUUCAAAAUCUUUAAAGGAACAUCGCGAGUCCUUUACCAAGUGGCGUUAUAAUGAUGACGGAAGGGUUAUUUGUGCCCCAAAGGAAAUUGGUGGGUGUGGUAAAUGUGUAUUGGAGCUGAAACGUAUCCUUCCACAGGGUUGGAUUUCAAAUUUAGAAGCCAAAGCAGGAGAUAUAUGGGAGAGGUUUAGGACUCAACAGAGAAUUUUCAAGCGCAAAUGUAGUGGAAUGAGCAAGAAGAUGCUGCGAAGAGCAGCUUCUAGAGUAGAUUCUGAUGACAAUUACUUGUAUUGUCCAGUUCUAAGGGACAACAUUCUUAAAGAAGAAAAGCUUUUUCACUUCCGACAGUGCUGGACUAGUGGUGAACCGGUUAUAGUUCGUGAUGCUCUUGAACAGGCACCCGGUUUAAGCUGGGAGCCAAUGGUCAUCUGGCGUGCGUUAUGCGAAAAUGUGGAUUCAGAGAUCAGCUCAAAAAUGUCAGAAGUGAAGGCCAUUGAUUGCCUGGCUGGUUGUGAGGUAGAGAUUAGUACUCGUCAAUUUUUCGAAGGUUACACAGAAGGGAGGAGAUACAUUAACUUUUGGCCAGAGAUGCUCAAGCUAAAGGACUGGCCCCCAUCUGACAAGUUUGAGGAUCUGUUGCCCCGUCAUUGUGAUGAAUUUAUAAGUGUAUUACCAUUUUCGGAAUAUACAGAUCCUAGGGCUGGUAUCCUUAAUGUAGCUGUCAAGUUGCCUUCGGGUGUCUUGAAACCAGAUCUGGGUCCAAAAACAUAUAUUGGUUAUGGGAUUGCAGAAGAGCUUGGACGAGGGGAUUCUGUAACUAAGCUUCAUUGUGAUAUGUCAGAUGCGGUUAAUAUUUUGACACAUACAGAAGAAGUAGUGUUAAGUCACGAGCAGCAUUCUGCAAUUGCAAGGUUAAAAGAAAUACACAGGGCCCAAGAUCACCAGGAGCGGCUAGACAGAGAGAGUUUAAAAUGUCAAGCUGACCAACUUGUUGAAGGUAACAAUGAGGAGCAGGAGGUCUCAGAUAUCAGAGAUAUAAGUGCAUUCCCCUCUGAAACGUAUGGAAAACCAGAGAUUUCAAAAUCUGAGACAGAGUUGGCUGCUCUUUGGUCUUUAUCCACAGAAGAAGAAGCUGGUGGUGCUCUGUGGGAUAUCUUUCGGAGAGAAGAUGUGCCAAAAUUAGAAGCCUAUCUUAGAAAUCACUCAAAAGAAUUUAGGCACACCUAUUGUUCUCCUGUUGAACAGGUUGUCCACCCAAUUCAUGACCAAUCUUUUUAUUUAACUUCGGAGCACAAAAUGAAGCUAAAAGAAGAAUUCGGUGUGGAACCGUGGACAUUUGAGCAAAGACUUGGAGAAGCAGUAUUCAUUCCUGCUGGAUGUCCGCACCAAGUUAGGAAUCUCAAGUCAUGUACAAAAGUUGCCGUUGACUUCGUCUCUCCUGAAAAUGUCCAUGAGUGCCUCCGCUUAACCGAGGAGUUUCGACAACUUCCUAUAAACCAUAAGGCCAGAGAAGAUAAACUUGAGAUAAAGAAAAUGAUAAUCUAUGCGGUUGACCAAGCCGUUAAAGAUUUAGAAGGCUUAUUAUCAAACCCCAACCCAGAGGAGUACUUAGGAAAGCUAUACCCCAAUUUGGGGUCCUGAAUAAGAUCGUGUACAUUGGCAGAGCUGCAUUGUAAUAUGUGGGGCCAAUUGCCCCUUGAAAUUUGUACAUUUUGAUGUUUAAUAAAAUAUUCCUAUCUUUUCUGCAU